AUGAGGAAAUCAUCACAGAAGACGGCGACAAAGCCGGCGCCUUCCCGUCGGCCUUUUGAUCCGCUGUCACAAUUUGAACAGCAAAGACAGCAGGAGACUGCCAUGGCCCUCACAAUCCGGGGUAACCCGCCCAGGAACAACUCGGACGACAGUUCAAGGAACUCAAGGAACAACGUCAACACGUCGACUGCCCUCACAAGAAACCGAUCAGUCUCUCGUCCACCACCAUCUCGUCGACCAGAUGAUGAUGGUCUGUCUACCGUCUCCGAAGCCACCACUGCCCCAUCCGAGGUCUCCACCGUCUCUUCAGCCAGUGACGUCUCGUCCAUAUCACCACCACCUCAGUACAGACGACCGGAGUCUGGUCGCUUCGGAUUCCAACCUCAACAGCCCUUCCAACCUCGGCCUCCUCAGCUGCGCUUCCGAUCUACACAGGACACUGGAUCACCGGAGCCUUCACCCAGAGCUCAGUACAUGUCUGAUGACAACUGGGAUUCUGCAUCUGAACUAGGAUGGGGCAGUUCAUCCAAUGUCUCCGUCUCCACACGGGCUACUACUGUCAUGAGUGAGAGUGAGGAUGACUACUCCAAGACACCUACUCGAUCACGAUCUAUUGUUCGUCAGACUGGUGCCCUCUCUAGACAACAGUCUCGUCCUGGUGAGAAGAGGGUUGAGUUUGAGGAGGAUCGUCAACUGGAGAGAUCUUCUGGACGUCAGACUGAGCGUCAGCAGGAGAGGACCAAGGAGAGAUCACGAAGUCGUGGUCGCACCUAUCACAUUCACAUUGAGCCUACUGCUCAACAGGCCCUCGUCAAUGCUCAACCACAGCAACAACAACAGCAGCAGCAGCAGACCAUCACACAACAGCCUCAGCAGGUCACCCAGCAAGCUACCAUCCAGCAACCGGCUACCAACCAGGCUAAUGGCACCCUCGUCCACUCCAACACAACGACGACGACCACAUCGUCGUCGUCCACCUACACUCAGCACCCAGCUGGCCAACCAAUGAUGGCUCAAGCACCUGCUGUCGCUCCUCAACCAAUGAUGACCCAACCCAUCAUGCCCGCCCAACCAGUCAUAUACACUGCUCCCAUCAGCCCUCCCAUCACCCAGCCCAUCCAGCAACCCUUCGUCCAACCUGUGAUCCAGCAACAACCGCAGACUGCACCUCCACCUCAACGCAUCCCCGAGGAACGUCAGCUUCCUCAGCCUGAACGUCCUCCUUCUCGACCUCGAGCUCGCUCACGCCACGAUGUGGAAGAGACCAUGCAGGCUGAGCUCGAGAACCUCCGCAAGGAACUCAAGACCCUCAAGGAGAAGCAGAAGGAGACGCACAAGGAUCUCAGUGAUGCUCGGUACAGACUGUCCAACAUGCAGACUGACAAGGAUGAGCUCCGCGAGGAGAGGAACAAGGCUCAGGCUACACGUGAUAGACUUGUCACCGACUUCGAAGAGCAGACUCGUCUGCUUGAGCGAACAAGGACAAGGCUCGACGAGCAGCGUCGCACACUGGAGCGAUUCGAGAAGGACCGUGACAUGUCGAUUGACAAGGUUAAGAAGGAUCGCGAGCAGGUCCUCGACAGGUUCAAGUACGAGCGUGACCAAGCCAUCAAGAACGUCGACAAGUUCAAGCGCGAACGCGACCACGCUGUGGAGCAAGCCCAGAAGAAUCUGGAUUCUACCAUCUCCAAGUCCAAGAAGGAGCGCGACGCUGAGCUGCACCGUCUUCAGCGUGAGCGCGAUGAGAUGGUCAACCGCAUCCAGCGCGAACGCGACUCUGUCGUCGACAAGCUCCAGCGUGAGCGUGACUCCACUGCUGAGAAGGCCAAGAGGGAUCUUGACAUGACCAUCGCCAAGUCCAAGAAGGAGCGUGACUCGGCUAUCGCCAAGCUCCAGAAGGAACGUGACUACGCUAUCGAGCAGGUCAAGAAGGAGAAGGAUCAGAUCAUCCACCAGGCCAAGAAGGAGCGUGACAUGAUCGUCUCCAAGUUGACUCUCGAACGCGAUGAGCUUAUCAAGACUGAGGCCGCUUUCAGCAACAGGGUCAAGGAGCUUGAGGACCAUCUCACCAAGCACCGUGAACUCAAGGCUGCUCUUGAGAGAAACUAUGAGGAUCUCAAGAAGAACAGCAUGGAGGCUACGCAGAACAACAGCAAGUUCGAAGCCAAGGCUAUCAACCUGGAGCGCGAGCUGGAGGACAUCAAGGCUAUUCGCAAGUCUCAGGCGACCGCCUACGAAGCCCGCAUCGCCACCAUGGAGAUCUCGCAGGAGUCCAUGCAGUUCCGUGUCAGCAACAUGGAGACCGACCUCGUCGAGAAGUCCAAGGAACUCGGUGAGAUGUCCGUCGACCGCGACCGCUUCAAGACCGAGAGUGAGAACUCCAAGGGCCAAGUCGAGUCUCUCAGCAAGGACAAGCUCGGUCUUGAGGAGGACAAGAAGAACCUCCUCAACCAAAUCUCUGAUCUGACCACCGACAAGACGCGACUCCAGGAACAGCUCACCGGCCUUGAAUCCGACAAGAAGGCUCUAGAGGUGCAGGUUACAACACUCCAAGCGACAAUCGACGAUCUGAUGAAGGACAAGGAGACCUGGGCCAAGGACUCCGAGGCCAAGGAGGCCCAAAUUGCUGGUCUGGACUCAGAGAACGGAGCGCUCAAGUCGCAGAUUGAGUCCAUCAGCAAGGAGAAGGAGGGUGUUGCUAAGGAAAUGGAGGAGAUGGAGGCGAAGCGCAAGUUGCUUAAGAAGAAGUACGAGAAGUUGCACGGUGAACGCGAGGGUUUGAGGGAGCAGGUGAAGGGUCUUCUGAGUCAACAGGAUGACUCACAGGCACAGGUUCUGAGACUGUCUGUCGAAGUCAGUGGCUUGAGGUCUGAGAAUCUGAGUCUGAGGGAUGAUGCGGGUAGUGUUGUGUCCAGCUCUAUCUCGACUAUCUCUAGUGGCAUCAGCACUAUCAGCGAUUCUACUACCGCGUCGGAUGCUACUGCCAAGACUGAGCAGACUCUUGAGACUGUUCAGGAGGAGCCUGCGACCGAGGAGGUGAAGGUCGAGGCUGAGGUUGAGGCUGCACCUGCUGAAGCUCCUGCUGAGCCCGCCACCGAGCCUGAGGCUCCUGCUCCUGCUCCUGAAGACCCUGCCCCCGAAGCUGAACCUGCCCCUGCACCUGAGCCCGUGUCAGUCGAGACUGUACCCGAGGAAGCUCCUGCUGAGCCCGCUCCUGAGCCUGUGGCCGAGGACCCAGCUCCCGAGCCCGCAGCCGAACCUGCACCCCCAGCACCUGAAGAACCUGCCCCUCCAGCCCCCGAAGAACCCGCCCCUGCCGCCGAAACACCCGAGCACACUGAACUCAAGGAGAAGCACCACGAUCUAACCAUCAAACUCGAAGCCACCGCCGAAAACGCCGGCCGUCUGCAACUCAGCGUCGACACCCUAACCGCGGAGCGCGACGAGAUCACCCAGAAGCUCACCACCCUCCAAGAAGAAGCCACCGCUCUCCAAGCCAAGGCUGACGAAGUCACUACCGACCGCGAUGAUCUCAAGGGCAAGCUCACCGCUGCCGAGGAGCAGAUCGCCACCCUUAUUGCCGAGCGCGACGAGCUGAACAAGAAACUCGAGACCGCGGAGCGCGAAGCUGUUAUUCUGAAUGCCUUGAGAACCGAGAACAACAAUCUCAUGAAGAAACUCGAUGAAGCCAAGAAGGCUCAGAAGCAAGCUACAUCCAAGGUGAACUCUCUCGAAACACAAAUCGCUGCCUUAGUGGCACAGAUCCACAACGGUGGAGGUGUCGCGGCUGUGAGGUCUAGUUCCAAGGGACGAAAGGGACCCAAGGAUCCCAAGCGUGCGCAGGAGCUUGUCAUCGUUCGGGAUCCUCGAGAUGGAGGAAAGGGAUUGAGCUCUAUUGUUAGAAGGAAGAACUUGAAUUCUGCUGCUGCGAGGAGUAGUUCGCAGAGCGAUGGGUCUGCGGAUUCGUGA